CUCUAGCGGGGCUCCACCAUGGCAGAGCGCAGGGGAAACUGGGACAAGGCAGAGGAUGACUUGCCGGUUUAUCUUGCUCGACCCGGCACGGCCGACCAGGUGCCCCGGCAGAAACACGGCGGCUUGUUCUGUAGCGUCGAGGGCGCAUACGAGAGUAAAACCAUAGACUUUGAUGCCCUGAGCGUCGGGCAGAGGGGCUCCCGCACCCCGAGGACCACCAAGCGGGACACCGGCCUAGAGGCGAGGAGCCCCGCAAGUGACUGCAAGAGCUCAUCCCCGCGUCUGGAACGUCCUGCAGCGAGCAGGGACUCAGCCCGCGUUGAGAUCCGAGCUGCCGCUGGUAAGGAAGUCCUGCAGAACCUGCCAGAUGAAAAGAGCGACAGGCUUCUGAUCAAAGGCGGGAGGAUUGUGAACGAUGACCAGUCCUUCUGUGCAGAUAUCUACAUGGAGGAUGGCCUCAUUAAGCAGAUUGGAGACAACCUGAUCGUACCCGGUGGGGUGAAAACCAUUGAAGCCAAUGGUAAAAUGGUGAUCCCCGGUGGGAUUGACAUCCAUACCCACUUCCAGAUGCCCUACCGUGGAACCACCACCGUGGACGACUUCACCCAGGGCUCAAAGGCUGCUCUCGCUGGGGGGACAACCAUGAUCGUGGACCAUGUGAUCCCAGAGCCAGGUAGCAGCCUGAUUGAGGCGUACGACCAGUGGAGGCAGUGGGCCGACGAGAAGGCCUGCUGCGACUACUCCCUCCAUGUGGACGUCACCCACUGGAACGACAGCGUAAAGCAGGAGGUGAACACCCUCAUCAAGGACAAAGGUGUCAACUCGUUCCAGGUCUACAUGGCUUACAAGGACUACUACCAGAUGAGCAACAGCGAGCUCUAUGAGAUCUUCACCUUCCUGGCGGAGAACGGAGGCAUCGCUCAGGUCCAUGCUGAGAACGGAGAGAUCAUUGCUGAGGAGCAGGCCCGCAUGCUGCAGAUGGGUAUCACUGGACCAGAGGGACAUGUACUGAGCCGGCCAGAGGAGCUGGAGGCCGAGGCCGUGUUUCGUGCCAUCACCAUCGCCAGCCAGACCAACUGUCCGCUCUACGUGACCCGAGUCAUGAGCAAGAGCGCUGCCGACAUCAUCUCACAGGCCAGGAAGAAAGGGAAUGUUGUGUUUGGGGAGCCAAUCACGGCCAGCCUUGGGACUGACGGGACGCACUAUUGGAGCAAGAACUGGGCCAAGGCGGCUUCUUUUGUAACAUCACCGCCUCUCAGUCCUGAUCCCACCACCCCAGACUAUCUGAACACACUGCUGGCCAGUGGAGACCUGAAUGUGACUGGCAGCGCUCACUGUACCUUCAGCGUGGCCCAGAAGGCCAUAGGCAAGGAUGAUUUCACCCAGAUUCCUGAGGGUGUUAAUGGGGUGGAGGAGCGGAUGGCCCUAAUCUGGGAUAAGGCUGUGACUUCAGGGAAGAUGGAUGAGAACAUGUUUGUGGCCGUCACCAGCACCAACGCAGCUAAGAUCCUGAACCUGUACCCACGUAAGGGUCGGAUCGCUGUGGGCUCUGAUGCCGACUUGGUCAUCUGGGACUCUGACUCUGUUCACACCAUCACUGCCAAGACACACAACUCGGCUGCUGAGUACAACGUGUUUGAGGGCAUGGAGCUUCGCGGCGCCCCUCUUGUGGUGAUCUGCCAGGGGAAGAUUGUUCUGGAAGACGGGACCAUGCACGCCACAUCUGGCGUGGGUCGCUUCAUCCCCUGUUCCCCCUUCCCUGACUUUGCCUACAAGCGUGUUAAGGCCAGGAAGCAGCUGGCGGUUCUGAGGGCAGUACCCAGGGGCAUGUAUGACGGCCCGGUGUCUGAAUUCUCCCCCAUGUCCCGCGGUGGCACGCCCUCAGCCUCGGCACGCACCUCUCCAACCAAACAGCCCGUCAGAAACCUGCACCAGUCUGGAUUUAGUCUAGCAGGUAACCCUGCACCACGCGGUCCCCCCACCCCAGAUGACAUCCCCAUCAGGCCUGCUGGCCGGCGCAUCGUAGUGCCCCCUGGUGGCCGCUCCAACAUCACAUCCCUCAGUUAAAGAGCAGCACGAGGAGGGGAUGCACACAGAACACGGCAGCAGCCAGUGUGGGAGGAGGGA